AUGUCGUCAUCUGCACUGCUCAACGAGAUAUGCAUCACGGUCGACUCGAGAGAUAUCAUCACCAUGCCUUUUGCGACACCCUACUAUAUGCCUUUAAGGAAACUCGAGAUCGAGGAUGACCCCGACAAGACACCAACGCAGACUCCUCGCAGGAUGCCACCGGUUCUGGACUUCAAACCCCUGGACGAUGAUGUCGAUGGGGACCCCAGACCGCGUCCAGACAUCAAAUAUAUGAUUGCUCAAGGCAAGCAUGCAGAGCUACGGGCUCUCAGCUAUGCUCUUGGACAUGGGCACCAUGAAGACUAUGCCUUUGAUAAUGAAGACCUGGAUGCGCUGGUGGCUUGGGAAGAGGAAGAGGAACCGCUGGCCUAUAAGGAAUACCGCGCCCUGCCUGUGUACCAUGAAGCAGAUGCAGUGAAUGAAUGGAAAGAAGAAGAAAGGAGGAAGAGGAAAGAAGAAAAGGCGAAGAGGAAGAAGGCCGCCCUGGAGAGCUCUACAACUGGCUGGCUGUCGACCAAAGCUCUGCUCGGCCUGUCUGUGGCCUCCCUCUCGGUAGCCCUGAUGCUGUGGAUGAUAUUCUGGGUGACAGCCGACAACCACAUGCUUGUACUCGUCCUCUUCGUAUAG